AGCAUAUCAAAAGGUAGAAAAAGACAUUGUGACAUCAUUUUGAGGCACAACUCAAUGUUAAAUAGGCGCUACCGAGGCUAUAACGUGAUUGUGACGCCUUCUCCACUGCUUUUUGCCAAGGCAAGGUGUUUUCCUUCUGAAUUUCACCUAGGCGAGAUUAGGCGAGUGCCAAGGCGCGCUUUUUACAACCUUGGUUCUAAUAAUUGAAUUAUUCCCUAAAGCAAAUAUAUUCUAUGAAUUCUGUUUAGUUGGAAUCCACUUUUGAAGACUCUUAUACCAAAUUAGACCUGGUAAUCGGGUCGGGUUGGGUAAUUUUGGUUUGGGGACUCCGAUUACGGGUCGGGUCAUGUGUGGUUGGCUGAUUUCAGGUCAAAUAUUGACCCAACCCAUUCGGUUUCAGGUUGGGUUGGGUUAUAGGUCGUUUCGGAUUAUGAGCGCUCUCAGAAACAAUAUCAAACAUGCUUCAUAUUUUCUUAAAGAACACAAAUUUUCACAUAGCAUGACAAUAGUUUACCUAACACAUGUCAAUUAACAUAAUCUCACAUCAUCUCAUGUUAAUGAAAUGAAAUACAAAUUGCGCAAAUCGUCAAAAAACAAUCACAAGAGUAAUACUACUACAAGAAACACAUUAUAUUUGAUUAUCAUUAAACUCCAAACAUGUCAUUCAAAUCCUUGUGAUUUUUUUUAACAUCUCACCAAUUUAUGAGUGAUUUUAUCAUUUUGGGAGUAACAUAUAAAAUAGAACGGGUCUAACGGGUCGGCCCAUUAACCCACCUAAAUCGACCCGAAAAAUCACGGGUUAUCGGGUCCGAGUCAUUCGGAUUUCGGGUUAUAAAAAUUUCUACCCUUUGGGCGGUUUCGGGUCAGGUCAACGGGUCAGCUUGUAAUUUGUCAGCUCUAUACCAAACCAAUUUUUGAUAGAAAAUUUAUAAUAAAUUAUUAUAAGUAUUUUCAAUUAUCAUUAUGUUUUCUAAUAAUUGAACUAUUCCCUUAUGCAAAUAUAUCCUACAAAUUUUGUCUUCAUAUAAAUUAUCUAAAGAAGUUAUAUUUAAUUCUCUUACAUCAUGCUUAUGUUUACCAAUUUAUUUAUUUUAUUGAAAAAAUUUCAUUUGUCAUUCUAGAAAUACUUUGUUUAGAAGGUUUUCUAAUUUUUAUAUUAGAUAAUACUUGUUGAAAUAUAGUUUUGGAUAUCUUUUAAAAAUAUUGGAUACCAAAAGAUAAUUAAAAGUUUGGGUUGGAUGAAAAACUAGACAGAUAUACAUUUUGACGACUUAAAUGGUACCCGACGUUCAAUUUAAACUUAAGCGAUAUAUCUACUCAAAUUAUCAAAUUUAAAUGGUAUCCGAAUUAUGUUACCCGUGAUUUACGCGUCUCCUCUUGUUCGUACAGAGAAAAAUUAGAGGGAUAGCUCUCAUUAUGGAUUUCGAUUGCUACCAAAUACCUUUUUAUUCAAUUCUUAUAGUUUUAUUGUAAGGUUUGCCAAACUGGAAUCGUAAUCAAAAGUCAAAACCGAUUUCUGCUUCUUUAAAUACAAUAAACAAUUUGUCUAAGCUAUUAGGAAUCAUAUGCUUAAACUAAUUGAAAAGUUUCAAUGUUGAUAAGAAAUGUUAUCUUCAACUAAUUACACUGAUUCUUUGUCAAAAAUGUUAUCUUCAACUAAUUACACUGAUUCUUUGUAAAAAAAAAAACUAAUUACACUGAUUUGUUAAUUAUCCAUGUUUGCUUUUUUCCCAGGAUUAAAGCAGCGUUGUACCUGGUGAAGUACAGCACCCGCAUUUGAAGCUGCUGGCUUGGUUUCCACCAACGCUCCGUCCAGCUUAAACCUUCCCCCGCAUCAACCGACCAUAUAUAAUGGACGGAGCAAAAGCAGGCUCCGGCGAAGUUCCGGAAUUGCUACUGCAGAAAAUCAAAGCAGGCUUAGCUAAAGUGUCGCCGCGUUCAACAAGUUGGAGCAUCUUCACAGUACCAAACAAACUCCGCAGCGUCAAGGCUGGCGCCUACGAUCCUCACAUCCUCUCAAUCGGACCUUUCCACCACGGCCGGCCGAACCUCGCCGGAAUGCAAACCCACAAAUGGCGCUAUACUCUGUCCCUCCUCGAACGCACCCAGGACGCCAUUCCCACAAUGGAAUCCUGCCUCAAAGCCAUCCUCGGCUUCGACCACGAAAUCCGCGCCUGCUACGCCGAGCCGAUCACCCACGAGCCGACAGAGCUAGCCGAGAUCCUCUUCCUCGACGGCUGCUUCAUCCUCGAGCUCUUCCUCCGCUACUCCAACAACGAGCCGAAUCUCAACCACGGCGACUUGCAGAACGACCCAAUUUUCACAACCUCGUGGAUAAUUUCCACGCUCCAGAGAGACAUGGCUCUGCUCGAGAAUCAGAUCCCCUUCUUCGUCCUCGAAUGGCUUUUCGAUUACACGGUCCGCCGAAGCUCCAGCCGCGUGGACUCGCUCCCCGAUAUCGCUCUAGGGUUCUUCAAAUCCGCGAUAAGUGGGUCGCUGCCGAGAAAUCCGGCGCAGUCCACGGCGGCGGCGGCGGCGAAUUUCCAGGGGAGGGAAACGAUUAGAAUGGAGAGAAGGCAGAGCACGAAGCACUUGCUCCACCUGAUCCACACCAGCUACCGGCCUUCUUCUCCAAAAGCAGAGGCGAGGCUCCAGAUUGGGGCGCCGGCGGCGCCGUCGGCGUUCGUCCCGUCAGUAGGGGAGCUGUGCGCGGCGGGGAUUCAAGUCCAGAUGCAGAGGAAGCCGACGAAAUCGAUGCUCGAUCUGAAAUUCAAAAACGGAGUGCUGAAGAUACCGCCCCUGCGGAUCCACGACUCCACCGACGCGCUGUUCAGGAACCUGGUGGCGUUCGAGCAGUGCUUCCAUGGCUGCCCGCAGUACAUAACGUCGUACGUGCUGCUGAUGGACCGAUUGGUGUACACAAUGGACGAUGUGGAGCUGCUGGAGCAGAGUAUGAUCCUGGAGAACUAUCUGGGGAGCAGGGCAGAAGCGGCGGAUCUGUUCGAUAGCAUCUGCAAGCAGAUUGGGAUUCAGGAUUUCUACUUCCCGGUGCUCUGCGAUCAGUUAAAUGAGUUCUACUGCCGGCGGUGGACUUCGUACUGGGUUGAUCUCAGGAGGAAUUAUUUCACCUCGAAAUGGACGCUCGCGUCGGUGUUUGCUGCUUUCUUGCUCCUUACAAUGGCUCUUGUGCAAACGCUCUACACAGUUCUUUCCUACUAUUCUUACAGAAAAUGAUUAAGAGAUUCAGUGGUUCAUUGGUGCAAAUUGCAAUUGUUGGAAUGAAGAUUUGACUCCUUGUUGAUGGCAGAAGAAGAGUUUGGCGUCAAAUGUUUGAGUUUAAGUUAGCUGUCAAUAAAUCGUGUCGUUUCACUCGUUUGACAUUUAGGUUAAUGUGAUUUGAAUUGGAUAAUUUGGUGAUUGGGAGUUACCGUGAAUACUCCAAGUAUAUUGUUGUAGACUAGCUAAUACACGUUUUGUUAGUGAACUAUGUAAAUCGAUGUGUUAUUUUCUUUCUUGUUGAUUGUUGUCUUUCUUGUAUUGUCAACAAGGUUGUCAAUCCGCGGGUCGACCCGGAGGUCGACCCACUUUGACUCUGACUCGAUGAGAAAAACGGGCCGCACGCACCCGCCGGGUCGACCGCUAUAAGGUAUCAGGUUGGAGGUCAAAUUGUGUCAUUUUUUUCUUUGGUUUGCGAAAUACGCAUAUUUAUCGAUUUUUCUUUUCGCCUAACUCAAUCUUUGGAAUCCUUAGUUGAACAUUUGGAUAUUGAUGUUAUAUAAGUGUGUGUGAAAUUUCACUAUAUGUUGGUGAUAGACCGUUAAUUGCGCAUGUUUUUACCACUAUUCUUGAGCCGUUUGAGAUGUUGAUUCUCGUGUUUUAGGCCGAUUUUACGCUAGGUUGUUCGUGUUUGUGAUAUUUCAGGUCCUAGUACGUGAAUGAAGGUUUGGGAACGAGUUCAAGGUCGUUUGAACGGAGAUCGGACGUUUGGCCAAAAGCUGAGGAAGUCACACGGGCAUGCCUAAAACCCACACGACCGUGCAAGGGAACCCAUGUGGCCGUGUGGAAAUUCCAGGGAACUCACACGGGCAUCAUGGAAAUCCACACGGCCGUGUAGGAUGGCUGAAGUCCACUUAUCGAAACACCGCGUUUUGCACAACUCACAGGCAGCUGGGAAAGCCACACGGCCUUGUGGCCUGCCUAGUGGUCGGGAAUUUCUGGGGUUUAACCCAAAUUCGGGCAAAAGGAGAGGGGAAUCGACUUUUUGGAGCAAAAACAGAGCCCUAGAGAGAGAAAGUGCGAAGAACACCCCCUAAGAGAGGUUUUGGAGCUGGGUUUCAUCAAUCAAGCUUGGAAAUCAUCCUUGGAGUGAAGAUUGACAUCCCAGAGCUGAUUCUUCCCAUCUUGAUGAGUAUGAUUGCUUUGUUUGCUGUUUUCCUCUCUCUCUCUCUCUCUCUCUCUCUCUCUAUGGAGUAGAACCCUCUCUCACUUGGGUAUGAAGAACCCUAGUUCCAUGUGUUAGGGAUCUUGAUUGUAAUGACUUGGGAUUGUUAUACUGUUUGGUUUUAAUCAAAUGAUGCAUGAUUCAUGGAAUCAAUUGAAGUCUGAUCAUCUUUUCUUUAUUUCUGCUGCAACCUGAGAUAGAUAGAAUCUGAUUAGGUUGUUAGAGCUUCAUCAUUCGGUAGUAGUAGAUUGGUUAUACGAGAGUUAGUCAAUCUACUACUUUGUACUGGUACCCGAUUCCAGUAGUGGAGUUUUGUGCUUAUUGCCUCAGCAGUCUAUCCCGGUAAAGGUUAGUCGCCUGCCGGUUAGCCUGCCUGAGAGGGCUUGGUCAGCUUAAGAGAUUCCAAACUACUGUCGGAUCUUCCGCAGUUUAAUCAACAGUAAAUCAACCU